CGUUUGCGAGUGCGUUUACGUCAUCCAAUGCUCAGCGAUUGGAAUCUCUGAACUGGGUUGGGCGGUGGGAUUGAGGCAGCAAGAGUGGCCUAAAUCCGAUGAGGAUCCUGGAUAUUUGUAUUCGCCAGAUGCUUUAGAAGACUUCGGCAGUGCCGCGUCCAACCGUCGCCGAACUACUGGAGAAUACUCCGGUGUUUUGACAACAGUGCUCACGGAAAUCAACCUCUCGACAUCUGGAUCACUUAGCUGCUGGCCUUGCCAGCUCAUAACUGCUUCAAAAUGCUCAUCACAAUGAAGAAUUUGCAGCAGCAGACCUUCCAGAUAGAUAUCGAUGCAUCCCAGUCUGUCAGAGAACUCAAGGAAAAGAUUGAAAAAGAGAAGGGGUCUGACUACAUUGCUUCUGGUCAAAAACUUAUUUAUGCAGGCAAAAUUUUGGCCGACGACACACCGCUCUCCGAGUACAGCAUCGACGACAAGAAGUUUGUGGUGGUGAUGGUGAUGAAGCCGAAGCCGGCCCCGCUGCCGACCGGCCCCGCAGACCCGACAGCUCCGGCGCAGACAGCGCCGACGCCGGCCGCGCCAUCUGCACCCGAACCCGCCGCCCCGGCGCCGGCGCCGACCGCGGCUCCCACUCCGGCUCCGGCUCCGGCUCCUGCUUCGGCUCCCACUCCGGCGCCGGUGCCUGAGGUCGACCCGUCCGGGGAGUCGACGCUGCUCACAGGAGACCAGCUGGAGACGGUCGUCAAGAACAUCAUGGAUAUGGGCUACAGUCGGGACGAGGUCCUGCGCGCGCUGCGCGCCAGCUUCAACAACCCGGACCGGGCCGUGGAGUACUUGCUGUCGGGCAUCCCAGAGGCGGUGCUGGAGAGCAUGGCGGCCGGCGGUGGCGAGGAGGCGCCGGCCGGAGAGGAGGAGGAGGCGCCGCCGCCAGCCGACACGGCCCAGCAGCUGGCGGCGCUGCGCGCGCUGCCGCAGUUCCAGCAGAUGCGCCAGAUGGUGCGCUCCAACCCGUCGCUGCUGCACGCCGUGCUCGUCGAGAUCGGCGAGAGCAACCCCCAGCUGCUGCAGCUCAUCUCUCACAAUCAAGAGGCGUUCGUGCGCAUGCUGAACGACUCGUCGGAGGCGGAGCCGGCGGCCGGUGGCGGCGGCGGCGGCGGCGGUGGUGGUGGCGGUGGCGGCGGGCAGGGAGGUCAGGGCGGCCAGGGCCGCGUGCCGCCCGCCGGCGGCCAGGGCCGAACUGGCGAGGGUCUGCUCGGCGGAACCACCACCAUCCACAUCUCGCAGCAAGACCAGGAGGCCAUCGAAAGGCUAAAGGCGCUGGGCUUCCCGGAGCAGCUGGUCGUCCAGGCGUACUUUGCGUGUGAGAAGAACGAGAACAUGGCGGCCAACUUCCUCCUCUCCCAGGGCUUCGACGACUAGGGCGCGGCGGCGAGCGGCGGCCGCGCGCGCGCGCGCGCUCCGGACUUCUUUUCACCCUUUUCAAGCCCGUACCCCGCUGGAUGAGUCGGUCCGCCUGCCCCGAGCGCCGCUGUUUUGUUUGGCACCAGUCCCCGCCUCCAAACGUAUUCAGACACCGUGACCGGACGACGCGCGAUCCAGAAGCCGCUGCCCGGAAGGUGGGGUGUUUCACCUGGGGAGGUGUAGUAUACGCGGAGCCAGCUAACACAGACGUGUUUCGUGUUUCCCAGAAUGUGUUUCCGUUGGGCAUCCAGCUAAACUUAUUCGCUUGUUGAUCUUGUGUAAGCUAAUGCUGGUCAGGCAUGUCCGAAGCACGGAUAGUCCUGGAUGCUGUAGGUCGGCUUCGUUUCAUCUGCCGUGUGUGAGUCGGCCCUAGGCGCCAUCUUGUGGGACACAUUUGAUCCGAUGGGUUGGCUGGAUCCGUAAUGUGGACACAGUCUGUUUUAUAAAACUGGUUAAAUAAAUGCGUCUGGAAGCAU